AUGCUGAACUAUCUCAUGAUUAAUCGUUCGUUCUUCCCAGAGACAUCUCUAAUAUAAAUGUUUAGUUCUACAUCUGAUCCUGUUUUCCAUCGCCUCCAUCUACGUAACAUCCGGAUGCUCAUGCAAUUCGCGCACCCGUCAGGAAUCCCAUUUGCAGAGAAGACAGGUAAACGCCCUCUCUUCCUUCUCAAUCUCCGUCAAUUUCGUUCAGGCUCUGCGAGACCGUCAGAGACAGGCGGUCCUUUCCGGUAGAAGUGUGCGCAGCGUGAUCGAGACAGAAGUGGAGAGCGAGACGACGCAGUGUCCGCGGAUGUCGUGCGUCCGAAUGGCACCUCGUCUGAAGGAUCGCAACGAUGUGUACGAGCGGCUGAGCCAGUGCGACGAAGUCACCGAACGGAUGGAUCAGCAGGAGGAGUUCGAAGUUGUGGUCAAGGGAACGACGAAGAGAAGCGGGGCGAAGUGCGUGAGGAUUGCAUCGAACGGUUUGCAGUCGUGCCUGGUUUGGUUCCAUACUUUGUUUUCAGACGAUCUGUCCACCUCAUCAGACACUCAAUUGAACUCUAUUGCUUGA